CGCUCUCAGCAGCUCCACAUCCAGUGUAGACCGUGGCGCAGAUGUCGGCUGGUCCCUCCAAUCAGCUGCUGUCGGUUUGUGUUCUCGCGUGUUCUGUGCACGAUGGCUUGUUUUCAUCAUUUCCUAGCUCGAUUCCUCAGUCAGUCACUGGGUGAGGUGGAGAUGUACGCAUAUUAAAAAUGGACUGCGCACUUCCUUCACGGGCUUUUAUAUCGAUCAGUUUGAAAACAUCCUCUUCCUAAUGAUGCUCGACGCAGAUGUUGCAGCAGCACGGAGCCGUUUUGCCAGUGGAAGACGGUGCCAUGCGUCGUGGUGGUUUUACAUUUUUACGCAGCUCUCCAUCCUCUUCCUCUUCUAACCGUACGGCGUCACAUGCAGCUAAAAAGCACUUUAAUGCUUCAAAUAAAAUUGCUUUUGGGUGAAUUCCGCAGCCUACAGGAUUUGGACCAGCACUGGAGGCCAGCAUGCCCCAAUCGGAGGAUGUUUUUAUAACACCUACAAAUCACUUUUCUUAAAUUGCGAUUGUUAACAUCAAGACUCAGCCAUGGGCGACGAGAGCAGCUUGUCUCGGCAGAUAGAGAGUGUAGAGAGGAGCAUGGCGUUCCUCAGGCAGGAGCACCUCACUCUGCUCCAUGGCCUCCACCUGGAGAUCCUGUCCCUGCAGAAACGAUGUUCAGAACUGACAAGUGAGCUGAAGGUGAAGCCUCCAGGCAAAAGCCAAAUAGAGUUACAGGAGGAAGAGGAGCUCCUGGAGGCCCACUGUCAGGACAUGGAAAACCAUCUGGCUGAGCAGGAGUGCACCUUAGGAGAACUUCGUAAGGAGCUGAGUCACAAAGGAGCUUUGGUGGGCGCCCUCAGAGCCAAUCUCAAGGAAAAGGAACGCCACUUCCUGGAAGAGCUCAAACGUCGCAGCCACUGUUCAACCAUCCUUAACACAGAGCUGCAAAAACAAACAGAAGCAGCAGCAUACCUCUCCUUCCAGCUGCACGCUGCCAGGCAGAAACUUCACCACCAACGGAUGCAGCAGAGACAGGGACUCCUCGCCAGAGCCAACAGUCAAGUGUCCCAGUACGGUACAGAGCAGAGCUCUGUUUCCCCACAGGUGUCAUCAGGAGCCUCCCCUUCCUCUCCAGUGGUCAAACCCAAGCGCAAGAGCAUUAGGACAUCUUUGAGAGUGGAGCGUGCACGGGAGUGUGUGCCCAUAGAGAAAGUGAUGGGCCCUGCAGAGCCCAUGGCCAUGCCAGACCCUGCACUCUUCCUCCACCCACGAAGGCAAAGAACUCGCUCCAGGCACACUAUGGCACAAAGACAGCCUCCUCUGUGCCUAGAUAAGGAGGAGGAGGAGGAAGGGAGUGGGGAGGGGCCGGUGGAGCCCCAGGAUGAAGCUGCCAGACUAGUGUGCUCAGCUGCAGCGCCCCCUGCUGCUGAGACAAAGGCAGAGUAGUGACUGCUGUGACUUGAACUGCAGUUUGAUCACUGUAUGAUUAUUGUCCGCCAGACUGUUAAUGCUGAUGUUCUGCACCUUGACUAAAUUAAUACUGAGGCUGGUUUUAGCUAGUGAAUUAUAUUACACUUAUCACAGAAACUUUUUUAAUAUGUACUUUGAUAUAACUUAACUUGCAAAGCAAAACUCAGUAGAGAUCACUUUAAAUUAGUCUUAAAUGAAGUUUUAGCGAUCUAUUUACACUGGUGUCACAUCCUUUGUAUCCUGUGGGGCCUUAUUUGAAAGCAACCCCAUUUUGAUUUUGAUUCUGACUAUGAUAGCAGCCAUUUUAGAUGGAUUACAUGCCCAGCUGUGUUGCACAAACAGCUGUGACCUUUCAAGGACAACUAUAAAUCGCCUCAUGGGGGCAGAUGUUUGUGUAGGAAGGACAAGCAAGGGGAGCGCAGGUGUUAGCAGGGACAUUAACAAUGGUUUCAUUCUGUAAAAGCUUUCAUUUCAGUGGGAAACAUCAGAAACCGUCAUGGUGGCUCGAGGCUGACUGAACAUCUUCAGUGAACUUUGUUGCUGGCAGCUCAUACACACCACUCAACAGCCACACCACCACCGUACCUAUACUUCCCUCAGGUGAUGUCGUACACUAGUAUGAGAACAUAUUUGGCUAAAUGGAGAGCACUCAUUUUUGAUCAUACUCAGUAGCUUCUCCUGCUAAAACAAAUUUCGCUGUGCACAAGUCUAUAAGCUAACCACCAUUUCAAGUGUCUACAAACUUUACAAAGAGAUCACAAUGACACCACAACCUACCUUUAUUUCUAAUGGUAAGUGUCCAUAAUAUAAUACAUUUAAAGGUAAUGUCACUGCUCCACAUCACUGCACACUGAGCUGCUUUUUUUUUUUAAAGCAGCUCAGCCCUUCUUUUUUUUUCCAGACCAUGGUCUAUUGUAAAAAUAAAACAUUUUAAGUGUCAAAAAAAGCAAAUACAGCCAUGUUCCCAUUUCAUAUUAUCAUUCUCACUCAUGUUUUAUAAUUAUCUUCUGAUAAUACUGCAGCUAAAUAAUUAAUAUAUCACUUGUUAAGUAUUUCUUCAAAGAUGAAAACAAAAUUCACAGCACUUGCUCUUUCCUCAGUGCCUGUUUUAGGUGGAGGAAAGUUCAGUCAGCUGUAGUUUUGGCCACGUUGCAGCUUUGCCUCUUGGGCUAAACAGCACAAUAUUUAGUCUGUGUGUUGUACUAAACGAUACACAAUGAGGCACAAGUGUGUAGUGAACAGGCCACAUUCAGGUGAUGAUCAGUUCUGAGUCAUUUCACUCAGGUGUGAUUCAUGUAAUAAACACACACGCAUACACACAACUGCUACUUCAACUCAUCUGUCUUUGUGGUUUUGUUUUUUUAUGUUGUAUGUUUGUGUGUUUUACAUCUAGAAAAAAAUGGGCAGACAAGAACAUGACUGUAGGUUUUGACAUGUUUCAAAUAUGUGUUCCUUCUUCCUUUUGCACAGAUUCCCAAAGUAGCCAUGUCAAAAUGCACAACCAAGACAGUGACUGUGUGUGUGUGUGUGUGUGUGUGUGUGUGUGUGUGUACAACUAGUAUCUUGAAAAAAAAAUUCAGUAGAAGAAAAAUCUUAACACCUUCAAUGUUAAAAUACUUGAUACUAAAAACAUACUUCUUACGACGCUUACAUGUAUCAGUGCCGAUUAUGAAUUCACUGUCUGCUCAGUUCCUCACUGUAAUUACGACCUCGCAUUAGAGGAGUCAUGGACAUAAGAAAUUCAGUGUGUACACAAAGAAGCAGGACCCAGGACAAAGUGUGGAAACUUGUGGCAUUUCUUUACUUAAGUAUUGUGUUCUUUGGUCUCAGCAACUUUUUAUAUGACUCUUUGGGAUAUGCAUAUACAGGUUUACGGUAUGUAAUGUGGCACCUCGGUUAUUUUUGAUUCCGAGUUGUGUCAGAGUCAACUGAUACUUGAGCCAUGACUUAAAUGAGCAUUAGUAACCGCAGUUUUUGACAUGAGCCAUCCUGUAAGACUGAAUUUAAUUGUGAUUCGUCGCUGUGAGGCUUUUCUUGCCUUCUAUAGCUUUUGGUUAGAAGUUUAGCAUUAUGUUUUAGCAGUGUAUCUUAAAUAAAGCAAUAUAUUUAUAUAUUAGUAGGUUGUGUCAGCUGGUUUAAAGACACUUGAGGUGUUAAAUCAAUUUUAAGAUUGUUUAAUUUUGUAUUUUUUGAGGUCAGUAUGUUUUGCUUAAUAUUUUUCUGAAGUGUCUAAUGAUUGUUUCACAUACGAAGUUCUGCCAGUUGUUAUGUUACAGUUUAUAGGAGAGGAAGCAGAGGAAUUAAGGCUAUGCUGAAUGUGAAGCAGCAGUAAAUAAACAGGCAUAUUAUUAUGCAGCAUGAGACUGUUUGGACGAAAACAAACUAAACCUGUCUUCUUUUCAGCAAAAAGACAAAUGUGAUGAGGCUGUUCACUGACCUCUCAGCUGGGAAGCCAUUACUGUAGCUUGACUGUGUGCACUAUACUUCCUCGAGUUGUACGAGACAGUAAGGGAUAAAUCUACAAAGCUGUCUUUUCCAACAGGAAUCCUGAACUUAGACUGUUAGAUUUAAUCACUUCAUCACUCCACCUUUCCGCCAAAUUAAACAACAGGUAGAACAAACUCACCAUCCAACUGUCAUAAUCUAACAUCCAGCUAUCACAUCCCAGCAUCCUCUCACAUUUAGAUGAUCUAGGCUUUUAUAUUAUGUAACACCUUGGCUGAAUAAUCAAACUACUGGCUGCUGUAUGCAUCUUUACUAUAGUACAUGCAACUCAGAGAUGGUGACUGCUUUGAGGGAAAAACAAAGUGGGCCACCACUAAAACUAGCAUGAAGACGAAUGGUGUGAUGCCUUAAUGAAGAGAUCUUUUGAUUCAUAUUCCAGGUAAAGAGAGUAAAUCUUCACUGCUUGAUUUGCUUUUUCUACUUCUCAGAGUAUAAAACUUAUCGCUCUCAUCACUCAUGCAUAGCAAGAAAGUAGAUCAUUUACUCACACCCACAGCGAAUGUCUUUCAUCUUUCUAAAUACUGAUAUCAUAACCCUAAUCCUCAUUAUAACAAUGAAAACAAAUGUCAAAUGUCAGCAGCAGUCUUUCUUUCUUUUUUUUUUUUUUACUUCCCUGGGUCCUGUCCUUGGGGUCAGUCCUGGCUGAGGUUACAUAAGUUUAUUUGGCACUUUAGAGAUCAGUGCACACUCUAUGUGGCACCAUGAAGCAUCUUCUUUGACUUGUUUUGUGGUCUCUAGCAAUAAUGCUGUGUGGUACCUGACAUGAAAUGCAGAGGGGUAUUGUUCUGGGUUGUUGUAUGGUUUUGGGCCUCAUGUGGACCACAGAUUAAUUUGUUGACUGAUUACCGCAUAUACUGUGUUAGCUUCCUAUAGUGGUCUACUGUACACAUAGCUGAAAUAAAAUGAAGGAUUGUCUAGUCC